AUGCACUCGGGGUUCUCAACACUGAGAAAUAACUACGGUACGAACUUCAUUGCCCGGUAUACGGGGAAUGUGCCCGUGUCCGAGCAGGCGAAGAAGGAGGUCGAGCGGCUUCUCGUUAUCUGGGAUAAUGCGAGGCGGACGACCAAGGCUCGUUUGGCUGAAUUGAACGAGAGGGACGAGGGGUUCCUGUUUGGUUCGUUUAGUAUCGCGGAUGCCUUCUUUUGGCCUGUUCUUUGGCCCCGAUGCAUUGGCCUGGAUGGAGAAAAUGUGGAACAACCCCACUAUGCAGAGACUGGCGCAUCACUACUAUCGCCAAGCAGAAAUACCGGAGACAAGGAUCGCCCACUAUGA